AUGGCCACCCUCGCGCCACGCCCCGACCUCCUCCUCGUCGCUCUGAGAAGGUCCCGCGCUAGGACGCUUCGCGUCCGCGCCGCCGCCGUCCCACGUGCCCGCCGUCCUCCGGUGCCACCGCAGGCAGCGCGGCGCGUCUUCCUCGGCCUCGGCGCCGCUUUCGUCGACCAGCUCGCCCGCAUGGCCUCCGGUGGUGCCCCGUCCCGCUCGUUCGUGGCCGCGGCGCGGCCAAGGCAGGGGGUCUCCCCGGUCGAAGAGAUUUUGAAGAAUGUGGAGUGGCCGGACGAGUUCCCUUUCAAGCCCGACGACUUCGGCCGCUUCGACGAGUCAUCAGAUACUGUGUUCUAUUCGGCUCCCCGUUUUGUCACGCACAUUGACGACCCAGCAAUCAGAGCGCUCACAAAAUACUACUCGCAAGUUCUUCCUCCAAGCAACACUCCAGGCGUGGCCAUCCUGGACAUGUGCAGUAGCUGGGUGAGCCAUUAUCCAGCUGGGUACAAGCAAGAGAAGAUCGUAGGGAUGGGUAUGAAUGAAAACGAGCUGAAAAAGAAUCCGGUUUUGACAGAGUAUGUUGUGCAAGACCUCAAUUUGAAUCCGAAGCUUCCUUUUGACGAUAACACCUUUGAUGUUAUAACGAACGUGGUUAGUGUAGACUACUUGACAAAACCAAUGGAUGUUUUUAAGGAGAUGAGACGAAUACUUAAACCAUCUGGAUUAGCUAUCAUGAGCUUUUCAAAUCGCUGCUUUUGGACAAAAGCUAUAUCCAUUUGGACAUCAACUGGUGAUGCUGACCAUGCUUGGAUAGUUGGUGCAUACUACCAUUAUGCUGGAGGGUUCGAGCCCCCUGAGGCUGUUGAUAUAUCUCCCAAUCCAGGACAAACAGAUCCGAUGUACAUUGUUUGCUCUAGAAAGAAAACUGCUUAA